ACUCAGCACACAAGAACCGUUUUUUAUUUGUAUAGCUUCAAAUUGUUCCAGCCUCUCUGAUUUUUAAAAGCAGGGAGGCUUUUCCAGUGUUGAUUUGCUUCUCUGGUGUGCAGUUGUGUGAGGGCAGGUUAUUUUGGAGGAGACGGUGGAAGCCAGAGCUGCUGGUGCCUUCCUGGAUCUCCUUCUCUGUGAUUGCCCCCAGCUCAAGCAGUGGCUUUCUUCUGAAGCUCUUCAAGAAAGACCGUGCUGUGGGGCUGAAGGCAUCGCUGAACCAUGAGCUUGAAGUCUGCUUACUUGCUCUGGUGAGCAUGUGGAGAAAUAUAUUUGGGACACCUACACUGCAGUAAAUAUGAACACCCACAAGAAGCCGUGAGUCUGUGUCUAUGUUGCUAUGAGGAGAGGAGUCAGCAAUGACUGAUGUGGAGCCCGUGGUCACAGAUUUUGCAGCAUCAGGACGGGCAGGCCGCCGGAACGCCUUACCAGACAUCCUGGGCUCUCCUGCUGGGGCUGGGACUUCAGACCUGCCACACAAGCUGGCUGAGCUCUCCGUUUCGGAAGAUGAAGGAGCAGAGGGUGGAGAAGUGCCAUCAUCCAAAGCCUUGCUGGAAGGUCAAGAGGCGGAAGGAAAAAGCAAUGAUUCCUAACACCUAAGGACUGCUGGAUUAAUGAAACCUAUUGACAGACUUUCCAGAUUCCCCGUGUCACCCCUUCUGAAGUGUGGUAGCAACCUUAGCAGCACAGACAAGAUUCUGCAACACACUUGUACCUAGAUGACAUUAACAUGGAACUACUGUUUUUUCUACUGUCAUCCUUCAAAACCAAUGUUCUACACAUCCAAAUGUGAAGAGAACUAAAGAAUGUAUUUCCUGGUUUAGGCUUUCUCAUGGUUAUAGUAUUCAUCCUAACUAAUCUUCUUUGACAGUUCCAAUUAAUAUACCUAGCAGGUGUAUCACCAACUAACGAUUGCUUCAAAAUAAAGAUCCUGUUUCUUAAUUUCCCAAUAUAGCUUCUUUCUCUCUGACACAGAGGUGUAUGCACUCUGCCCAACAUAAGAUGAUAUUAAAUAUAUGUAAGAUUGCAGCCAUUAUCUAUAAUUUAUCUCCUGAGACUUUUUUCUCACUGGAUGUAUGUAGAUGGGUGUGAGAAAUAAAUAAAAAGAAACAAUUUUUUUUUUCUCUCCUGUUUCCAAAAGGUUUUGUAUACUACUUAAACACCAGUGUUCAUUUUCAACCCUUCUUUAAACUCUGUUCGAUUAUGGCAGAUCAUCUCAGUUCUCCCACUCUUAGCAGUCUUGCCACUUCCAUCAUUUCUGUUUUCAGGCUGAAUAUUGUAACUGUUCACGUGUACCUAAAAUAAAGUAGCCAUGUUUGUAAGUGAUUAAAAUUGUUUAAUCUCACUGUGGAAAUUAAAUAGCUGUCAUCUUU